GAAUAUUCUUAUUGGCCCAGAAACAGCGCGGGCCGCGUUCGUCUGUAAAUCACUCGGAUCACGAAGCGUCGAACGUCUCGCGCGUUAUCCUCGUCGCAAAAAAUAGAUGUAGUUUAAUGUUGCCCAGAAUAAGUCGAGAUAAUAGCCACCGACACUGACCGAGCGUCGUCGCUGAGAACACGACGCCGGAUCGCCGCACGCGCCCUCUGAUCAAAUCGUGCAAAGGCGGCGCAGACAUGCCAAUGUACCAGAGGCCACCGUUCUGGCGAGUGCCUCACCAGCGGCCAGACCCUGACGACGAACCUAGGCGCUAUAGACGGGUAACACCCGGUACGCCUGCCGGUCGCGAGUUGGCGAGAGGAGACAUAAUCGCGAAGAUCGAUCACUAUGAUGCUCGAGACCUACGUCACGAGGAUGCACAGAAUCUUUUCAAAAACGCCCCUAACCAAAUCAAACUUGUAGUUCAAAGGGGCAGACCAAGUCACCUGUACACGUUGCCACGUUCCACUUCAUACAGCUUCGGCCGUAUACCCACGCCUACAUUUUAUCGACUAUACGAGGAAUCGGACCAGGCCGGUCCUCGCUCGCAGUUCGCAGCUCGCUCCCCCGCACAGAAUUCUGUCCCACCGCCGUUCAGGACACCCAGCCCUCUUCCAACGUCAGCAUGGCGCGGGCCCGAGUCCCUGCCUCGAAGCACGCCCGUGCCAUCGCAACAGUUGCCGCAAUACUCUCCGCAGCAAUUCCAGCCGCAAGUCGAAGGAGAGUACAGAACACUGCUGGUCUCGCCCUCCGCCAAUCGCAACGAUGAAGUCGUCGACGAGUCUAUUACGAGCCAGCCGUACCGCACGACGCCGCUGGUGCUGCCGGGCGCCAAGGUGCGGCGCGAGCCCGGCCCCACGGAGAGCUACCUGCGCCACCACCCCAACCCCGCCAUGCGCGCGCCGCCGCACCACGACUACCGCGACACGGUCAUGAAGCAGAAGGUGGCAGAAUCGGUGUUGCAGCGAGUGGUCGGUGAAGAAUCUAAUAAGGUGGUACACAAGCAAUUCAACUCCCCAAUCAAUCUGUACUCGGAACAAAACAUUGCCAAUUCGAUACGACAGCAGACAUCGCCUCUGCCCUCUAACGGCCAUUACGGACGGCACGUCCUCAAGAGCCACAGGCCCACGGUGCUGUACGACCCCGCCAAGUCCGAGACCUACCGCGCGCUGCAGGAGGGCUCCGAGCCGGCGCACGAGGUCAGCACGCCCGCGCACACCAAGGUCUUCACGGCGCCCGCCACCAAGAAGCCAGCGCCUCCGCCAAAACAACCACAGGCACCUAAAGGAAAACAGACAACUUUCGUGAACUCGCUACAGGAGGAGAGCAUCCAGCAGUCCAACUCGUUCAAGCGCCUCAUGUACAACGUGCUCGGCAACACGGAGUUCUAGCACUAGCAGACGCGCGCUCUUAAUAAAUACAAUUUAAUAUAUCUAUACCAAAACAACGACCUUCCAAGUUUUAGUAAUACGCGAGUAUUAUUAACAACUUAACAAUGUGGCCUUAAGCGUUGCCAUCCAUUGACUGAUCGUUUACUUUGUAUGUGCGGCGGUAACGCACCUCCUUUAGACAUGUGGGGUUAGUGUACCAAAAGACUAACAAAAAUGUAGGGCGCUACUUUAACGCUCCUUAAACUGUGUGAUGUUAUUUUUCGGUGAAUUUUCUAAUACUCGAGUAUUAGCGAUAUUAUUUAUUUAUACGAUAAGUAGCGAAGUAACUAUUAUUUACUAAGUAUUAAUUUUAUUACCUAUCUGUUUGUACAGAAAUAUUACGUUAUACAUAAUGGAUAAUGUUGAGUGUACAGUCUAGUCACUUCGACCCGAGCUCAGGUCGUGCACACGAGAAUGAGAUUCGAUCAAUUUAUAAAUAAAUUAUUUAUUUUAUUUAAUAA